AUGGCUUACAAGCUUAAAGGGACCGAACUAUUUGCGUUUGGCCUCGAAAUUUUUCUUCUGUACAUAUGCACGUCUUCACUUUUUUUUACUCGUCUAUUCUCUGUCGUUUCUCCACAUUUCUGCUCUCUCAGAAAAUGCUUCCUCUUGACUCAUGUUAGCUUUAUUUCUACUCACAAUUCUCCCUAUCUAUAUAUCUGUCUGUCUGUCUAUCUAUCUAUCUCAAUGAGUUUAUAUCUAUCUAUAUAUCUAUCUCAAUGUGUUCAUAUCUAUCUAUCUAUCUGUUUGUCUGUCUGUCUGUCUGUCUAUAUAUCUAUCUCAUUGUGUUCAUAUCUAUCUAUCUAUCUAUCUAUCUAUCUAUCUAUCUAUCUAUCUAUCUAUUUCAAUGUGUUCAUUUCUAUCUUUCUCAUUGUGUUCAUAUCUAUCUAUAUCAAUGUGUUCAUAUCUAUCUGUCUGUCUAUCUAUCUAUAUCAAGGUGUUCAUAUGUAUCUUUCUAUCUGUCUAUCGCAAUGUGUUCAUAUCUAUCUGUUUCAGUAUGUAUCUGACCACGGCACUUCUUGGAUUCCUUUUUUUUUUCUUUCAACAAUUCUUUCUUCUUAUAACCUCUUUCUUCUUUGUGCUGUAAUUGUUUCUAUAUCUAUUACUAUCUACUUAACUUGA